GUGACGUCACGGGGAGCCAUCGAGUCAGUCAGCUGAGGGAGGAACUCCGACAACAGAAAGUCAACCAGGAAGCUGCUAAACUGACCCACUGCCUCGGUGUGACGGCUUAACGGCGGUUUUAACGAUAACAAUCACACGGUAGACCAGUUCAGGAUCGGUCUUUUAUAUUCCAGUCGAUACAAAGCAGCGAAAUGGACCUUUUCAAGAAGAAGACUGUCGAUGACGUAAUCAAGGAACAGUCGAAGGAGCUGCGUGGCACUCAGAGACAGAUCACCAGGGACAGAGCAGCGCUGGAGAAACAAGAGAAACAAAUGGAGGCUGAAAUCAAGAAAAUGGCUAAGACUGGUAACAAGGAGGCAUGUAAGAUUCUCGCCAAGCAGCUGGUCCAGCUGAGGAAGCAGAAGAACCGCACAUACGCUGUCAGCUCCAAGGUCACCUCCAUGUCUACGCAGACGAAGGUCAUGAACUCACAAAUGAAGAUGGCCGGCGCCAUGGCCACCUCCGCAAAGACUAUGCAAGCAGUCAAUAAAAAGAUGGAUCCACAGAAGACCCUGAAGACCAUGCAGGACUUCCAGAAGGAGAACAUGAAGAUGGGCAUGACCGAGGAAAUGAUCAACGACACUUUAGACGAGAUCUUUGACGAGUCUGGGGAUGAAGAGGAAUCUCAGGACAUUGUCAACCAGGUUCUGGAUGAGAUCGGCAUUGAGAUCUCAGGAAAGAUGGUAAGAGCUCCAGCUGCAGGAAAGAGCCUCCCCAGCGCCGCCUCCUCUAAACAGGCCACCAUCUCCGACGACGAGAUAGAGAGACAGCUCCGAGCUCUGGGAGUGGACUAAUUGUCUUCUCUGUAUUAAUGUUCACAUUAUAAACCUGUGCAACAUUAAUACCGAUUUGAUACAGACUCUUUUAGACACAAGUGUUUUGUCAUUGUUGAAAUGCUAAAUGUGUAACAAAGGGUGCACACCAACACACACACAAACACAAAAACAAACAAACACGUUGAGACAUUCAAAGACAUGCAGGCAGACAUGUUUAUUAACACGCACAUAAUCACACUUUCUUCGGCAGGUUGCCUUACAGAUUAUUAGGGCAGGACAUUUAAACUAUUUAUGCGAAAUUGUUAUUUAUUAACCUACUGGAGUGGCCACAGCCUAAAGGUGGUCCAAUAAUAGAUAUUUGUCCGAAAGAGUUCUGAACCACCUAUGCCGUACUGUACAUAGGUGGUUUGUCUUUUAUAAGGGCUACAGGAUAGAGACCAUGGAACUGGCUUUUCCCCGACUUCGUUGAUUAGUCAUAUAAUAUAUAUCAGCUUUUAUGUGGCUGAAGAUGGAUGGUCUUUCCCCAGCAAGUUUUAACACACUAAUUAAAAAGAGCUUAGGUGUUGUCAGAAACCAGAUGGAACUUGUAUUUAGCCUUCUCGCACCAUUUACGCGAUUAACUUCCUCAGAGGCAAACUAUCCUAUUCUCGACAUGCAUGUUGUUUGGGUGAAAUAUCCCCGGCUGAAGUGGGACACCAUGCAAGUGAGAGGAAGAAAAAGCAACUGCGCACCUUCUCCACAAAGAUUAAGCACCCGGUCAACUCGCUAAUGAAUUAUCAUGUUUUUAAAACCCUUAGGUACAUAGUUACUGGAGAUGAUGUAACUCAGACAAACGUAUGCAUGUGACAUGUAUAACUGAAGAUGGUAAGGCCUUCACUUUACUUACAUAAUGCAACGUUAUUUACAUAAUGCAUGAAAUGGUGAGAUGGACUGAUCUGACUGGGCAGGCAUUUAAUUUGCCCCACCGAACAGAUUGUGUGGGAAAACGUAAUCAAACACAAAUUAAGACUAAUGUUAGCCUGGCAUAUCGAAGAGUUUCGAAUCGGUUGUUUGAUGCUACUGAAUCAUCAAAUUAGUUUUUUUUCUUUUUAAUUAUUAUUCUUGGUUGAUCUGAUUGUGUAUCUUAUAUUGGACGUGGGGUUUACCGUGAUUGUGGGAUGGUACUGGUCCUGCAGUCCCUCCUUUCUUUCAGCUGCUGUGCAGUUACUGUCAUAAGUUAUUGAAGCUGCCUCACUCACAAACACACACGCCAUCAAAAUGAUAGAAGCAUUUGCUAAAAUCACUGUGAUCCAAGAGAUGUGCUCUCUUCCUCAGAGCUGAAGCUCUUCUCUGAUCUGUUCAUGUCAGCCGGCGUCAUGAGAAAGACACCGAUAUGUCCAGUGACAUCGACUCUGUCAUUCUUGCAUGCAUCUGCCAUGUACAAUACACAAUGGAUUUCAUUUUUGUAAAUCAAUUUUUUCCAAACCUUUUAACAUCUCUUGGUCUUUUGUGGUUGUGAGCGGAAACAAUUUUUUUAACAGAUGUCAACAUUGAGUGCAUUUUCAUGCUUAGGAAAUGUAUGUUAUAUGUAUACUCCUCUUUAUUUGUUUCGUCAGGGUUAUUGGCUUUUAUAAAUGAAUAAAGUUUCUUCAGGUAUGG